AUGCAGUGUGCAUCCCACCAACAUCCACCCCUUCCUAAUCUCCUCUUCCCCCCCUUCCCCUGUCCCCCUUGUCCUGCCAUAUUGCUCUUCCCCGCGCCCCGGCCCGCCCUUUCCCCACCCCAGCACCCAUACGACCUGUUUGACCCCGUGUGCUAUGCGUCCCUCAAGGGCUUUGCUGAUGACGUGGCGCUGCUGCUGGACGAGCUGGGGAUCCAGGAGAUCACGUUUAUAGGGCACCAGCAGGCGGGCAUCGUGGGGUUACUGCUCGCCCUGCAAAGGCCGGACCUGUUUCACCGAGUCAUCACGCUCGCCUCCUCGCCCAGAUUGCUCUCGGACGUGGGGUAUGCGGGCGGGUUUGAGCUGCAGGAUCUCGACCAGAUGUGGCCAGCGGGGUGCGUGCUGGUGCUGACACAUGACGACAUUCGCCUGCCCCACGUGCGCGACUUCACUCGCCCACUCUUCUCCCUCCGCCCCAUCGUCGCGUUUGCGCUGCUCAAAACCACCUUCGCCUGUGACGUGAGCGCAGUGCUGCUAGAGGUGAGAGGGAUGGAUGCAGAGGGGUGCAGAGGGGUGUAG